AUGAGUGUCUUUCUGCGAAGUUUUGGCCUUUGCCUCGGCGUCGUCGUUCUCGGCAUCCCUGUGACACGCCGAGUGGCCACCGAGGAUCCCUUGAGGCCUGCGUGCAUCACUGUGGAUGACCCCUACGACGACCUCAAGGAGGCAAAGAUUUACGCCCUGGUUUACUAUGGCAGGAGGUCCUAUGUAGAUAUCCUCAACGCCUACCUGGAGCGCAACCUGCGCAGUAACGGGGGUGUCUUGGAUGGCGUGAUCUUUGCCAUGGUGAAAUACACCAUGGAGGACAUGAACUAUUUGAUCAUGCUCCAACGUCGGAAUCCCAAGAGCUACAUCAUUCCAUGGCACAUGGAAGGCGGUGCUUGGGAUGUGAUUUGGCGCUUGGCGGAUGAGCCAGGCGCAUACUACAUCAAGAUUGAUGACGAUGUGGUCUUCAUUGCAGAUGGUGCCAUCCCAGACAUGAUCCGUGAGAAACGCCGUGGCAGAUUUCUCUUUGUCUCUGCCAAUGUGGUGAAUCAUGGGAUCCUGUCCGCGGUGCAUCAAGAGAUGUCUUCCAUUCCACACCUGGAGAAGCCGCCGCUGGAGGCCGGGAGGACCAACCAGGAGCAGAAGCUGGGCCCUUGGCGUUACAAGGGCGAAGUCAUGGUGGAUCCCAGCUAUCGCAUUGAGCACACCUUCUACUCUGAUUGCGUGUGGAGGCGUUGGGACUGUGCCGCAUUGGUCCACGAGUCGCUACUCUUUCGCUUGGAACAGAAUUCCUCCUGCCUCUUUGAUUUCGGAAUCUUCGACUUCCACGCGCAUGGCUAUGAGACCAUGAGCGACGGGCUGGGCCGAUCCAUCGAUUGGAACGACAACUUCUUCGCCUUUCAGCACGAAGAUUUCAAUGAUAUCGACUGGGUGGGUGUGGCCAUGGACGAUGAGCGACAGAUGAGUACCUUGCAUCCUAAGCAGAGAGGAGAACAUGCAGGCGCCUUGGGCAGUGCCAUCAUCGCCCAUUGGACCUUCUCAAUUCAAGAGAAGGGCCUGCUGGGCAACACCACAUUGCUAGAGCGUUACCGUGCCAGAGCUGAAGUGAUCAUGCAGGAGAUGUGGCGUGAAAAAAAACGGGCAAUCAAAGAGUCGCAGCUGAUUGCCAUGGCCGGUCCCGUGUUGGUGGCUUGUUGUGUCGAGGCGCGGCUGAAUUUGGAGAAAUUUUCUGUGGUGCCCCAUCCUUCGCUCGGCGCCACACUCCAGACGUUGCUGUUGGGAGUGGGCCGCCGGGCUGCAGCUGUUGCGACAUCCUGCGCCAAAUGUUGCCAACUUGCAAUAGGCGACGGCUCCUGUGUGGCGCGGUCGGCCCGCCUUCGAUUUCUGCUGCCCAACAGCAGCCAGUUGCACGGACUUGUUGCGGCUCCGGCAAGUGACAUCAGUGCCAGUGGACGGCAGGUGGCAGCUUUCGGCCCCUACGGCCUGGCUCUCUGCCAGGUCAGUCUCGGGGAUGACCUACAGCAGCAGUUGGAGGUCACGUCAGUGACUCGUCUACCAGACUGGCCAUUGGACGUUGCAUGGCUUCAGGAAAACACCUCGCUGCUAGUGGCGUACGGUCGCAACUUCCUGGAGCAGUGGCGCGUUUCGAACCGCGGGGCUCUGGUGCAAGAAGCGCGCUGGCCUGGGCCUGCAGAGGUCUCGUUCCUCUACUCCGCCUCGCUGGUUUGUCCGGACAGCGCGAAUGCGGCUAGCGCGUUCUGCGCUGCAGGCACCUUUGAUGGCUUCGUAGUGCUGUGGCAGAUUGCCAAGGCUUCAAAGCCAGAAGCACAACUCGUGGGCCAUCAGGGAGCCAUCUUUAAUAUUCGUUUCCAUCUGAACGGGACCACCUUGGUCACUGCCUCGGACGAUCGCACCGUCAAACUCUGGGUGCGUGCGACUGAGAGCGACACGAGUGGUCCUUGGCUCUGCCGUGCCACCUGCAGAGGCCACGGCUGCCGUGUCUGGGACGCCCUGCUGGCGUCGGACACCAUCGUUACCGCGUCGGAGGACUCGCUGGUGCGUGUCUUUUCGAUGGAGGGAACGUUGCUGCGAGAACUACAAGGUCAUCAAACUCGUGGCGUUCGCUGCUUGGAACUUCUCCAUGACUUUACUUGGCACGGCACUGCGCCGAAGCUUGCGGAGCGCCUGCCGCCGGUGGUGUCGGGGGGCGAAGACGGUGGGGUGAAGCUGUGGCCGCUGGUGGAGGUGGAACGGAAGCGAUCUGAGACAAAGCUGUGGCAUGUGCUGGAGCCCAACGAUUGGAUUCGCGAAGUGCUGCUAUUGUCUCAGCUCUUAGCCUUGGUCGCCACCAACUUUGGCAAUAUCUACCGGCUGCCGUUGGCCGAAGCGGAAGGCGAGGAGAUCGUCGCGUCGCUGUUGUUCCACGCCGACAACGCCCAUUUCACGUCGAUGGCGAUGGGGGACGAUGGAACGGCUAUUUGGACCGGCUGCGCAGAUGGCCAUGGCAUUUUUCUCCGGACCGCAGACGACACUGCGCUGCCCGUCGCUGCCUCGACGGUGGAGGUGUUUCGUCAGUGUCGCGUCAGUGCAGCUUUUGGUGGCCAUGACGGUCAUGGCCUUUUCUGUGAUCACGCUGGAAGGCUCCGUUUCUUCCUGGCCGAUGGCGUGGCCGCGACACCGGUGUCGCGCUCGCAGAAGCAGCUGACGACGCCCAAGGGCGACAAGAAUCAGCGGCUGCUGAGUGGCUUGCUCCUUUCGUCUGAUCCUUUGUGGCUUUUGGGCGAUGAACAUGGUCGCCUGCAUUUGGUGAAUCUGCAGGACUACCAACAGAAUGCAGCGCACGAGGGAAAGGUCCUGAGUUUGUUGCGGCUCCGUGGCGGACGUGGGACGACAGAAAGUCUCGAGUUUCUCUCUGCCGGAGCAGAUGGUGUAGUGCUGCGACAUCACUUGGAGCCAGGCAGUACAGGCUCCGCAGGCUCCGCAGGCUCUGCAGGCUCCGGUCGCGACUUCCGCUGGACCCAGCUGGCCGUGUAUCGCCCUGGCUGCGGCCUGCGACAUCUGUCGCAUGUCCAGCUGCAGCCGGCUGCGGAGGGGGACGGGAUGCCGCCAUUGUUCCUGGGAGCCUUUCAAAGCGCUGAUUUCGUUCUCUGGGACUCCUUGGCGGGUUUGGAGGUCUGGCGACAUCGCUGUGGGGGCGCCAAACGGCCGAAUAGUUUGGUGCUGGAUCCAGUGGACGGCCGAUCUUUCACCUUCGCCUUCUCGUCCUCCAAAUCCCUGGAGAUCCACUCCACGGCGUCGACGUCGACGUCGUCGUCGACGGUGCCAAGGGCCCUGCGGCGCGCGUUGCACGGCAGGGAGAUCCACCAGAUCUGUUGGCUCCGAGCGCCCGGCGGCGCCGGAGCUCCGGGCAGCUUGGCCACGGCCUCCGAGGACACGAGCCUCCGAGUGCUCAACGUGUCAGGUACAACGGACACAACGGACACGAAGCCCUGCACGGCCUUGUCCCCCGCCGCGGCGACCGUGCGCUUCCCCGGCGCGGUGAGAGCCUUAUGCAGUCUCCCCCUCCACCCCACUGUGCCCGGCACCCGCGGCUAUGCCACCACCGAGCCCAUGACGCUGCCGAGACCGGGGCUGCUGGUCUCGGGCGGCGCCAAGGGCGCCCUGAAAGCCCACCUGGUCUCGGGUGAUGCGCUGCUGGGCGUUUGGUGCACGUCGCUAGGGCAGGUGGAUCCGGUAAAGGUGGAGGAAGCGGACUCCACCUCCGACUCCGAGCCCGGCGAAGCCGACAGCGACGCCGACGGCGAAGCCGAGCCGCGCGCGUCAACGGCGGGGCGCCUGGAGGAGCGGGUCAUGGCGCUGAGCUGCGUGGAGCUGGAGAGGAGCGAGGCCCACCACGAUGUCCUCCUUGCGUGCGCCUCGUCCAGCGGUUUCCUACGCACCUGGCAGCUGCAGAUCUUUCCGCAGCAGGGGAAGGCGGAGGUGACUUUUCUGGAGAGAUUUCAGGUCUUCAACACCACGGCUCUCUGCAUGGAGUGCUUCACUGCCCCCAAUUUCCGGGGCGUCUACGUGGGCUCCGCCGCUGGAACGCUGGCUGCGCUGCAGCUGCAAAACCUGAAGCCACUCUGCGAGGAGCUCCAAGUGCAUCAAGCGGGCGUUAACGAUUUGGCGCUUCUGCAGCUGGAUGGGUCCCGCGUGGCGGCACUGACUGCAGGGGAUGACCAUGGCCUCGGACUCUGCAUCUAUGCCUUGGAGGAUGAUGCCGUGCGGUUGAUUGGAAGCAGAUUGAUAGAGUCCGCGCAUUUCUCCGCCGUGCGCAGCGUCGCCUGGACCGCCGCCGACAGCGCGCUGAGUUUGGGCCUGGACCGGCGGCUGCGGCUGUGGCGGGUGGAGCUGGAAGAGCAGGCUUUGGAGUUGAAGGCUGAACGCAUUGCUAGCUGUACUGAGCCCGAAAGCAUGGCCGCUUGGGUCCUGCCAGAAGGAACUCUGGUGGCGCUUGCCGGCCGAGGUGUGGAGCUAUGUUUGGUGGCAUCGGUUCCAGAAUGAUUCGUGCAGAGAGUGAAAUCAGCUCGGAAAUGCAGCUCGGAGCUUUGCGACGUUGUCAUGCACCAAGGGGGGUCCCUGGACCCGGUGAAGAUGUGACCGCGGAGGACCUGGAGAUACGUUCGUGACUGCUGAGAUGUGGAGCAUGGCAGGUCGCUAGCUGGGCUGGGUCGGGGCCAAGAAUCGCCACAUGGUUCGGUCUUUCGCGUUCCGCAACGGUCGGGCUGCGCAGCGGAAA